UUAUUACUGCGCCGCCUUACGUCGACUUCCACAUUUUCCCUAUCACAUUUCGGACAUGCCUUUUAUUUUAGAACUGAUAAUGUUGCAACCAAUUCUCAGUUCACUAAACAGCAAGAAAAUUGUUCUUGCAAGUUCAUCUCCAAGGCGGAAAAUCAUGCUGGAACAAAUUGGCUUGAAGUUUGACAUUGUGCCAUCUAAUUUUGAGGAAAAUCUCAAAAAAGAUAGUUUCAAAACACCAUUGGAUUAUGUGAAUGAGACUGCCAAACAGAAGACGUUAGAAGUCACUGAGAGAUUGUAUGGGAGUCAGGCACCGCCUCCUGAUCUUAUUAUUGGGGCAGAUACUAUUGUAACACACGAUGAUGAGAUAUUUGAGAAACCUUCAUCCAGGGACCAUGCUAUCAGUAUAUUGUCUAGGUUAAAUGGAAAUGCACAUGAUGUGUUCACUUCAGUUGUUCUGGUGACUCCGAAAUCAGAUUCUACCUUAGCAAAGUAUAACCUGACCCAGUUUCAUACAUGUACAGAGGUAUAUAUGGGAGAACUUACUCCACGAAUAAUUCAGGCAUAUGUGGAUACAGGUGAAGCAAUGGACAAAGCUGGUGGCUAUGGUAUACAAGCUUUGGGAAGUACUUUGAUUAGUGGAAUCAAGGGAGAUUACUUCAAUGUUAUGGGGUUCCCUCUACAUCCAUUUGCUAAGGAAGUGUUAAAAUUGUUUCCAGAAUCUUGAUGGAAACUUUCAUAUUUUAAAUGUAAUUGUCACAAUGUAAUAAACAGGUUUCAAAAUUCA